CCGAGCCCAGCCGGCAGAGAAAAACUGCCAGGCUCUGCCGUAGCCCUUUCGGGCGAGCCGUCCCGGCGCGGCUCAGCCAUGCGGGGCCCUCCGUCGCGCUUCCUCCGAUUUAGCGAGGUCAGCUCAGGUACUGGCAAGAGCAGCCGCCACCUCGCUCGCGCCUUCUCACCAGCCAAGCUGCCGGGCGUUGCUUCCAAUUCAAGCUACGCAGCCGCGGGAGCCCAGCGCUGCGCUUCCCCUCUCUCCAACCAGCGGCCGCGGCUGGCGUUGAGAAGCGGCCGGCAGGCCGGUUGGCCGGCCGGGAAGGCGGGGCGGGUGCAAGGUGAUCCGGUUCUCUCCCGCCUGCUACCGCAGACCCGCCCGGGCAGCUCUCCGGCGGGCUCGUGCUGCAGGACCGCAUCCUCCGGGGCUGGCGAGCGGCAGCAGAAAGGCAGCCCACCGCUCCUGGAAAGCAUUCUGUGCAGCGGGCGCGGCGGCUGCGGCAGGGGGGCUUGCUGCCUUUCGGGGAGGGGCUGAGCGGCGCUCCUGGAUUGGCUGUUCGGCCAGGACGGCAAUAGCGAGAUCGGCGUAGCAGCCCCGCCGGCCGGCUCGGCUCGGCUCGGCUCGGCUCCUGCGCCCAUUGACGAAAGCGCCCGCCAGCAACAUCUUGCCUGGUCGCUGCCGCCGCGUAGGCGGCGGGGAGAGAUGAGGCCCCGCCAGUCGCCGGGGCUCAGGUGAGGUUGGGCCGGCCACGGCUGCCCUCGUGGGAGGAGGCACGAGGGCCCCUCAGGGGCGCCGACCACAAGACCAGGAACGGGAGCGAAGCGGAAAAGAGCCGGAGCCGGUUCUCCAGAAGCCUCUCGGGAGGGGAGGGAACAGGGCGAGAGUCGGGACGCACAGCAGAUGGCCCGCACUCCCGGACCCCCGGCUCCGGCCGCCCUUCGGGAUCAGCCGUCCCCGCAGCAGACCCACUCCCCUGGGCGGGGGAGGUGCAGAAAGGUCGCUCUUGCCUCCGUGGGGCAGAACCCUCUGGAAGCCUAUGGCGGCUGCUGAAGGGCUGAGGAGGGGUCUUCUGAACCCCGGGCUGUGUCUGGUGUCAUCCGGAUAGAAGGAAGGGGAGGGGUGGUGGUAUCAUCCAGGCCCUUCACCCCUCCCUUGCUGAGCCCUUUUUGGCCAAACAAGGCCAGGGACCCGGUUCUUUCCCUGCCAAGGAUUGGAUGAAACAGCAUCUCUCCUUCGGCCUUGCAGUGUUGAGCUCCAAAUUCCCAAACCUGGCAAAAUUUGGGCUGCAUAUUUGGGGUGACCAAAUGGGUACAUAAAUGAUGCCCAUCUUGCUCCCCUGCAAGGGAUCAAGCAGCUUGCUGGACAGGGGUGUUGCCCCAGAGCCCUCCCUCCACCUGCCCUGGGAGCUCUGAGCAAGGGAGUUGGUGUCCUGUGCUCAGAUCCAUGUGCUGAGUUCCAUCAGAGAAGGCAUAAGGAGCUGCUUCACCCACAAUCCUUGGCCAUCAUCUGCUUCCCGGCCUUCUUUGAUAGGUGACUCUCCUAAGGUGAGGAACCCCAUUCUCUGAGCGGCUCCUUAAGAUGGCCAGGCACCCCAGGGCUCCUGAAACCAUCUGUGAAAACCCACCAAAUGAGAGCCACGUUGCCUUAAAUAUGGGGGGUGGGGUUAUUCUGUCAUACUGUGUGGCUGUGGCCUGAUGCUGUGAGUUUCCCUGGGGGCUUUUGUCCUGCCGCAAUUCACUCACUCUCAUCCCCCUUAAAUUAACUUCUUUAGGAUAUUCCCUCAGCAUCAUUUGCCUUCCCCAGCAAUAAAUAUCUAUUCCAAGCCUCCUGCUCCUGCUCCACAGAGGGCGACUUUCAUUGGGGUCAGACUCUGUCCUUCCACUACUCUCUUCCUAUAAUUGACGCAGGAGCCAGCCCCCCCCCCUCCAUAAUUUAAGGUGCAGCUGCUUCUGCCCCAGAUUUUCCUCCUGGGGGACUCCCAAUCUUCUGAAUGGGCCAGACAAGUUUCUAGGGGAGGAGAGGAAAGUUGUGGCAGUAUACAGAAGGUUUUGGGGACACACACACCUCCAGCUAGUAGGGCAGUCUAGCUGCCUUGAGGGUCUCCAGGUUGCACCCUGAGGGAAGGGGGGGGCUAGUUCAAAGAGAUGAGCUGUGCCGUCCUCUCAUGUGCUCCAGGGGACAGCAAAGACCUAAGCACCAAAUUGCCUGCUUUUGGAUUGUGUCUUUUCUCAGCCUUGCCUGGCUGGCUACACUGGGGACUGGUUGAAAGGCGGGGUGCGCAUCUGCCAGCCCCUCUCCAUCCUCACCAAAGAAUCACCCAAUUGGUGACAUCUUACACAGUCUUUGGGGCCAGGUGUAGGCAUCACAAAGCAGGUAUGCCCAACAGGUGCUCGCUUUCAAGAGCUGCCAUUUUCUCUUUCAUUCUUUCUUUGGAAUUCUGAACUCAGCAUGUAAGCAGCUGGUGCAGAUUCAGGGGUUCAUGUGGCCCCUUUAUGGGGCUCCCAGGAAAGCAGCAACAUGGCAAACGUUGCACCGGCUCAGCUGGAUAACCAGGAGGCCCAGCAGCAACUCAGCAAUACCCGAUGGGAGAGCACCGACCCCCACCAGCCCCGGCCUUGGGAGGAGGCCACGGCCACCGUCAAGCUCUUCGAAUGCUCACGGAUCAAGGCCCUCGCGGACGAGCGAGACGCAGUGCAGAAGAAGACUUUCACCAAGUGGAUCAACUCCCACCUGGGCCAGGUCUCCUGCCGAAUCGGCGACCUUUAUACAGACCUGAGGGAUGGAUAUCUGCUGACCAAGCUGCUGGAAGUUCUGUCUGGGGAGCAGCUGCCCAAACCCACCCGGGGGAGAAUGCGGAUCCAUUCCUUGGAAAAUGUGGACAAAGCCCUGCAAUUCCUUAAGGAGCAGCGAGUUCAUCUGGAGAACGUGGGUUCUCACGACAUUGUGGAUGGCAACCACCGGCUGACCUUGGGCCUCAUCUGGACCAUCAUCCUGAGAUUCCAGAUCCAGGUGAUUAAAAUUGAAACAGAAGACAGCCGAGAGACCCGCUCAGCCAAGGAUGCCCUCUUGCUCUGGUGCCAAAUGAAGACGGCAGGUUACCCCGAGGUUAACAUUCAGAACUUCACCACCAGCUGGCGGGACGGGCUGGCCUUCAGUGCUCUCAUUCAUAAGCACAGGCCGGAUAUCAUUGACUUCAAGAAGUUGACCAAAUCUAAUGCAGUCUACAACCUCCAGCAGGCCUUCAACACCGCCGAGCAGCAGCUGGGCCUGGCUAAACUUCUGGACCCCGAGGAUGUCAAUGUGGAGCAUCCAGAUGAGAAGUCCGUUCUUACCUACGUGGUUUCUUUUUACCACUACUUCUCCAAGAUGAAGGCGCUGGCUGUGGAGGGGAAGCGGAUAGGAAAGGUGUUGGAUCAAGUGCUGGAGAUCGAGAAGAUCAUAGAGCGAUAUGAAUCUCUGGCCAGCGAGUUACUGGAUUGGAUCGAGAUUACCAUCCCCUUCAUCACCAACCAGAAGUUUGCCAACUCUCUCUCUGGGGUCCAGCAGCAGCUGCAGGCCUUCACCACCUUCUGUACCCUGGAGAAGCCCCUCAAGUUUCAGGAGAAGGGGAACCUGGAGGUGUUGCUUUUCUCCAUUCAGAGCAAACUCCGUGCCAACAAUCGCAAACUCUAUGUUCCCAAGGAGGGCAAGAGCAUCUCGGAUAUCAACAAGGCCUGGACACGGCUGGAGAAGGCAGAGCAUGAACGGGAAGUGUCCCUUCGCGCUGAGCUCAUCCGUCAGGAGAAGUUGGAGCUGCUGGCCCAACGUUUCGAUCACAAAGCCAUCAUGCGGGAAACUUGGCUGAAUGAGAACCAGCGGCUGGUCUCUCAGGACAACUUUGGCUGUGACUUGCCAGCCGUGGAGGCCGCCAUGAAGAAGCAUGAGGCUAUCGAGGCAGAUAUCUCCUCCUACCAGGAACGCAUCCAGGUGGUGCUGGAACUGGCCCAGGAAGUGGAAUCCGAGGGCUACUACGACAGCAGGCGCAUCAUUGCCCAGAAGGACAACAUCUUGCGCCAGUGGGGACUUCUGACGGAGCUGGUCAGUGCCCGGCGCACCCGCCUGGAACAGAACAUUGCCCUGCAGAAGAUCUUCCAGGAGAUGGUCUACAUGAUUGACUGGAUGGAAGACCUGCAGGCCCAGCUGGCAUCGAAGGAGUUCGGGAAGCACCUUCUGGAAGUGGAGGACCUGCUGCAGAAGCACAGUUUGCUGGAGGCCGACCUGUCUGCACAGCACGACCGGGUCCAGGCCCUCAACGCUGCAGCCCUCAAGUUCUCGGAACUGCAAGGCUACCAGCCUUGUGACCCCCAGAUUAUUUGCAACCGUGUCAGCCACGUCCAGGGCUGCCAGGAGCGGCUGCAGGAGCUGGCAUCCAAGAGGCGGAAGGAGCUGGAGGCCUCCCGCCAGCUGUGGUCCUUCCUGCAGGAGGUAGAGGAGGCUGAGGCCUGGGUGCGGGAGAAGGAGCGCAUACUGUCAUCCUCCCAGAGCUUCGGCAAGGACCUGGACAGUGUGGCCAAGCUGCUGAGCAAGCACAACCUGCUCCUGAGUGAGAUGGGUGGCCGCCGCUCCCUGCUGCAGGCGGCCAUGCGGCAGGGUGAGCAGGCCUUGCUGCGCAAGCGCUUCGGCCUGGGCAAUGUACAGGAGAAGAUCCGGGAUGUGCGCCUGCACUGGAAGAAGUUGGAGGGGCUGGCGGCCAUCCACCUGCAGAAGCUGCAAGGGGCCCUGAGCUUCCACCAGUUCAGUGCCGACACGGAUGACCUAGUGGCUUGGCUUCAGGAUGCCUACCGCCUAGUCUCCAGUGACGAUUUUGGGCACGAUGAGCACUCCACCCGCUCGCUAGUCAAGAAGCAUAAGGGGGUAAUGCAAGAGAUCGACAAGCACCGUGCAGUGGUCCUGACACUGCGGAAGCAGCUGGCCGCCCUGGCACCCGAGUACCACGAGACUAUGGAGGUGCAGAUCCGCAUCGUGGAAGUGGAGCAGCUGUACGAGGAGGUGGCUGAGGUGGCCGUGCUGCGGUGCCAGUGGCUGCAAGAUGCCCUGGCUGUGUACCAUCUCUUUGGUGAGGUGAAUGCCUGCGAGAUUUGGCUUGAUGAGAAAGAGCAGUGGCUCAACCGGAUGGAAGUGCCUGAGAAGCUGGAGGACGUGGAGGCGGUCCAGCACCGGUUUGAAAGUCUCGACCAAGAAAUGAACAGCCUGAUGGGUCGCAUUCUGGAUGUUAAUGAAAUUGUUCAGCAGCUGGUUGAAGGGGGCCACCCUAGUUCCUCUGAAGUCCGAUCCUGCCAGGAUCAUCUCAACAGCAGGUGGAACCGAGUGGUGGAGCUGGUGGAGGAGAAGAAGAACCACCUUGGCUCUAUCCUGAAUAUCCAGAACUACCUGCUGGAGUGCAGCGAGAUCAAGUCUCAGAUCCAGGAGAAGCGCAAGGCCAUUGAGUCCACCCAGUACAACAGUGGCGACCUGGGCAGUGUCCUCUCGCUCCAGCGCCGCCUCUCCACCAUCGAAGCAGCCCUGGUACUCCUGGAGCCCCGGCUGGUUGAGCUGCAGCAGGAGGGGGAGUCCUUGGCCACCACCCACCCUGCCCAGGCCAUGGAGGUCCUCAUGCAGUUCGAGGAGAUCAGCGAGGAGUGGGAGGCUUUGAAGAAGACACUGCAGGGCUGCGAGGACUCGCUGACCGUGGCCAGCAGGCUGCAGCAGUUCAUCCAGGACCUGGACAGCUUCCUGACCUGGCUGGUGAAGACCCAGGCAGCCGUGGCUUCACCUGGGGAGGAGCUGCCAGGGGACCUCUCGGAGGCCGAGCAGCUACUGCACCACCAUGCUCUGCUCAAGGAAGAGAUCAGCUGCUACGAGGAGGAUUAUGCUAAGAUCCAGGCUGUCAAUGAUGUGCUGGCACUGGAGGAAGCUGAGCUGCCCUACCUGUCCCUCCAGCAGUGGCUGCAGAAGCUGGAGGUGGGCUGGAACAAGCUGCUGGAGAGCUGGGAGCACCGCCGGGAGGUCCUGGUGCAGGCACACAUCUUCUUCCUCUUCCUGCGUGAUGCCAAGCAGGCCGAAGUUUGUCUGUACAAUCAGGAAGCCACGCUGGCCCACACAGAGCUGCCCACAACAGUGGAAGGGGUGGAGAAGGCAAUCAAGAAGCAGAAAGAGUUCAUGAGCACCAUGGAACUUCAGAUGCAAAAGACCACUGUGGCUCUCAAGGCGGGCGAGAGCCUGAUUCGGCAAGGCAACCCCUAUAGUGAGCGGGUGAAGGACAAAAUGGAGACUCUCCGGGCAAAGAGCGGACAAAAUGUCCAGCUGGCCAACCUCUGGAUGCUGCGCCUCACUGACCACCUGGAGCUGCAGCGCUUCCUGCAAAGCUGCCAUGAGCUGGAUGGCUGGGUGGCGGAGAAAGAGGCGCUGAUGGCCAGCGAGGCGCCUCGUGACAAGGACGCGCCGUCAGGGAAGCAGCCGUCGCCGGCUCCCAAGCGAUGGCUCCGGCACCGCGCCUUCAUGGCCGAGCUGGCGCAGAAUAAGGAGUGGCUGCAUAAGAUCGAAAAGGAGGGGCAGCGGCUGAUUCAGGAGAAGCCUGAGUUAGCAGAAACGGUGAGGAAGAAGCUGGGUGAGAUCCGGCAGUGCUGGGCAGAGUUGGAGUCAGCCACCCAGGUGAAGGCCCAGCAGCUCCUGGAAGCCACCCAGGCCGACCGGAUAGUGCAGAGCUACGUGGAGCUGGACAAGCAGCUUCUGCACAUGGAGAGCCAGCUGCAGAUGGUGGACGCUGGGUCAGACCUGGCCAGUGUAAACAGCAACCUCAAGAAGCUGCAGACCCUGGAGACGCAGGUGGAGGAGUGGUCCAAGGAGGUGGGGGAGCUGCAGGCCCAGGUUGCUGCUCUGCCGCUGGAGACGGCUGGUCAGGAGAUGGUGGAUGACAGGCAGAAUGUGGUGGGGGCACGGAUCGUGCGCCUCAUUGAGCCCCUCCGUGAACGCCGAAGGAUCCUGCUGGCCUCCAAAGAGCUGCACCAAAUCAGCCACGAUCUGGAGGACGAGCUGGUCUGGGUGCAGGACCACCUACCACUGGCGAUGCUGAAAGACCGGGGGAGCAACCUGCAAAGCGUUCAGCAGCUGAUCAAGAAGAACCAGAACCUGCACCGUGAGAUCCAGGUGCACAAACCUCGAGUAGAUGAGGUGCUGGUGCGAGCUGGCGGCAUCGCCUCCAUCCAGAGCCCCGAGGUAGACACAGUGCGGCUGCUCUGGGAGAAACUCUCUGAGCUUUGGGGCACCCUGCAAGAGGAGACGGAGCAGCGGCAGCAGCUGCUGGACGCCACCUACCAAGUGGAGCAGUACUUCUUCGAUGUGGGGGAGGUAGAAGCCUGGCUGAGCGAACAGGAACUCUUCAUGAUGAACGACGAGAAGGGCAAGGAUGAGCAGAGCACGCUGCAGCUGUUGAAGAAGCACCUGAUGACCGAACAGACAGUGGAGAACUAUGCAGAGACCAUCGCCCAGCUGUCGCGUCAAUGCCGGUCCCUGCUAGAGCUGGGCCAUGCAGACAGCGAGCAGGUCAGCAGGAGGCAGUCCCAGGUGGACCGGCUCUACGUGUCCCUGAAGGACCUGGUGGAGGAGCGUAAGGCUAGCCUGGAGCAACAGUAUUGGCUUUACCAACUGCACCGUGAGGUGGACGAGAUGGAGCACUGGAUUGCUGAGAAGGAGGUGGUGGCUGGCUCACCUGAGCUGGGGCAGGACUAUGAACACGUGACUUUGCUGCAGGAGAAGUUCACCGAGUUUGCCAGCGAGACUGGCACUAUUGGCAAUGAGCGGAUCUUGGCCAUCAACCAGAUGGUGGAUGAGUUGAUUGAGUAUGGGCACAUGGAUGCUGCCACUAUUGCCGAGUGGAAGGAUGGGGUGAACGAGGCCUGGGCAGACUUGCUGGAGCUGAUGGAGACCAGGGCACAGAUGCUGGCUGCCUCCCAUGAGCUGCACAAGUUCUUCAACGACUGCAAGGAUGUCCUCUCCCAAAUUGAGGAGAAGAAGCAGCGCCUGCCCGCAAUUGCAGCCCGGGAAUGCAAGACCUCGGCUGGGACUCUGCAAAGGAUGCUCAAGUCCUUUGAGCAUGACAUCCAGGUGCUGGUGGCCCAGGUACGGCAGCUGCAGGAGGUGGCAGCCCAACUGCAGACGGUGUAUGCGGGUGAGAAUGCUGACGCCAUCGCCACCAAGGAGCAGGAGGUGAUGCGUUCCUGGAAAGAGUUGCUGAGCUCGUGUGAAGAUUGCCGGCUGCAGGUCACCACCACGGCCGAUAAGAUCCGUUUCCUGAACUUAGUGCGAGACCACAUUUCCUGGAUGGAUAUCCUCCUCUGCCAGAUUGGUGCUGGCGAGAAGCCCAGGGACGCGUCCACCGUAGAGGUGCUGAUGAACGACCAUCAAGGCCUGAAGGGAGAAAUUGAGGCUCGCAGCAAGUCCAUUUCCGCCUGCGUCGAUCUGGGCAAGACGCUAGUGCUGAACAGAAGCCCGGCCUCCGAGGAGAUCAAGCUCCACCUGGAGAAGCUGAUGACCAAGAAGAAGGAGAUGGUGGACAAGUGGGAUCAGCAUUGGGAGUGGCUGCAGCAAAUGCUGGAGGUGCACCAGUUUGCCCAGGUGGCCGUUGUGGCAGAUGCCUGGCUGACCGCCCAGGAGCCCCUGCUGAGGAGCCGGGAGCUUGGCAACAGCGUGGAUGAGGUGGAACAGCUCAUCCGGCGCCAUGAAGCCUUCCGGAAAGCCGCUGCCGCUUGGGAGGAGCGCUUCAGCUCCCUGAGACGUCUCACCACCAUUGAGAAACUGAAGGCCGAGCAGAGCAAGCAGCCCCCCACUCCUCUUUUGGGCCGAAAGAUCUUCCCAGACCCUGCUGAGCUGAGCAACAAGAGUGCCUCCCUCCUGUGCCAGCCGCUCUUCGAGAAGGCCCACGCACUGCUCAACGGACUGGAGUCAGAGCCCACUGAGGCCAAGAUGGCCUACGUCCGGCAGGAGCUGAAACCGGAGCGGCUGCAGCCCAAGAUUGACCACCUGCAAGAGAGCCUGGGGGCUGCAGGGGAAGCCAAAGCCCAGGAGAAAGCAGGAGAGGCCAUCGCAGCUGUGGAGGAAGCUCUCAGAGUGGGCACCUUGAGCCGAGCUCCAGGGUCCUUUCUAGAACAGGGAGAGGCCAAGGUAAGCCGGUCAGAUAGGCACCGGGAGCGCCAGGAGCCCCGACGCCAACUGGAACGGCACGAGUCCACCGAGCAGGAUGCAGCCUGGCACGAGCCAGCCGAGCGCAAAAAGGAAAGACGAGACCGGAGGGCAGAGCGGCGGGAAUCCAGCGAGCAGGAGGCUCCCCACAUGGACCCCAAAGCAGGCGGCAAAGCCACUCUAGCUGACAUUGUGGAGCAGCUUCAGGAGAAGGAAUCGGGGGGGGUGGCCCCUGCCACGGUGAGUACCCUUCCUUUCCUGGCUGGAGGGGCCUGGGAGCCCCCAGCAUGCAGUCCAUGGGCCCCUCCUUUUUUUUUGGCUGUCCGUGGGCCUUUCUCCCCUGUAGCCUCGGGAAAGAGAGUCUCCUGCCCGCCUUUCCAAUGGACUCGAUAUGCUCCCGGAGAGGACGCCACGGCCAGACCGGCCCCGUGCCCGCGACAGACCCAAACCUCGGCGGAGGCCCCGUCCCAAAGAUUCCAACGCGCCACCAGAUCUUGGAUUAACCUCUACUGCGUCCUCAGCAAAGGGGAGCUGGGCUUCUACAAGGACUCCAAGGGCCGGGAAUCCGGGAGCACCCACAGCAAUGAGCCUCUGCUGAGCCUGCAGACUGGAACCGCGGAGGUGGCCAACGACUACAAGAAGAAGAAGAACGUGCUGAAGAUCAAAACUAACGAUGGGGUCGAAUUCCUCCUGCAAGCCAAGGAUGAGGAGGACAUGAAGACUUGGCUGACGGCUCUGAAUUUGUCCAUUGCGGAGCAUGGGGAGAUCACCCGCUGGGGCCAGGCGCUGCUCACCACAUCCUCCACAGACGAAGGCCUCCCCAAGCGGGACACGGACAGAAGGGCCAGCACGUCUGGCAGGAAGAAAUGAGACAGCUGCCCCCCACCCCUGGGGCUGGGAAGGACAGGCAGGCAGGCAGGCCGGCCAACGUAAUCUUGGUGUGUGGAGAAGACUCGGGUGUGGCUGAGGCGCUGCACAGCAGGAGCUCUGAGUCUGCCAAGGAGGGACCAGGGGUGGCCAUGACUUGUCUAUGAAGCAGAUGCUGGACCUGUGUGGCUGGACAAAGAGCUUCUGCCUGCCCUAUCUCUUCGAACUGCUAGGAGCUGAGAGGCGCCCUCAGCCUGGGGACAGAGUUUUGCUUCCCCAUGAAUGGCAACAGGAGACCAGAUGCCCCUGGGCUCCCCCAACCCCUCUUCCUUUCCUGUCAGUGUCCCAGCAGCCAGACAGAAGGAUCCAUUCCACAAGGUUCCUUUGGCUCCUCUGUUCAGUGGAAUUACUGCAGCUCCCCAAAGGAGUCCCGUCAGUUGACAAGCACUGGGGCGCAGCCAGCAGAGAGGAAGCCAAGUAAUGACAGAGGAGAUCCCGGAGGCUGAGGGGCUGUGUGGAGCACCCUCUUGUCUUCCUUGCAGCUUCAAGUCUCCCAGAAAUGGUGCUACUGUGGGUGCCAAGGAUGGUGUGUGUGUGGUUCUCGGGGCUUGCUGCAGACCUCUGCGCGAGUCUCCUUACCCCCACCUCACAAGGGUUACUCGCAAGAAUACCUGCACCCACACAGCCUUGGAGGAAAGAGAUACUCUUUGGGAUUCCGUUGCCGCUUUCAGUCUGCCUUGGAGAGGACUUCCAUGUCUGCUCCCCAGCCGAUUGCCUUUGCCUCCCUCCCCUUUCAGUGAUGUGCUUGGACGCAUGCUGGGUGAAUCCCCACAAAGAUGGCCUGGAGGGGUUGAAGGGCAGAUGCUCUUCCAGCUGACCCUCCAGAACUUCAGCUGGUGUUUCUGAGAAGUCUCCUGCUUUGCUUGUCAACCGCCCCUUGAGCACCGUGUUUGGGCUUCUGGAUCUUCCUGCUUUCCAGGGUGAAGAAGGCCAAAGUGGAGGGUAGGCAGCUGCCCCAACAUGUGGGAAGGCCCCUUGCCCUUGUGAACAAGCCAUAGUCACAUCCCUGCUCCUGCUGGGAGGUAAGGAGGGGCUCACCCAGGUGUAUUUAUAUGCAAUAACACAACGGGAGACUGGCUGGCCUCAGUGUAGCCCCUCCCAGCGGAGCAGUGAGAGCUUGCAUGGGACCACCCGACUCUCAAGCCCGCCUCUGGUGCCAAGUAUCCAAGGGCUGUCCAGUUCCUGACUCCCUCCGUCCCUCUGCUGCAGCAAGUGGGUGGGGAGGGAGGCUGCUCUGAAGCAGAACUAGAAAUGCCUGUCUCUCUGGCCAUAGAGUCAUUGUGCAUGCCAGUCCCCUUCUCUGCAUAGCCAGUAUGUGCCCCUCUCCCCCCUCCUACGCUUGAGGAAGCAGGAAGAGAUCGUGGCUGUGGGCCUCUGUGUGGAAUCAUGCAAAGCGUAGGAAACCCAUGUUCAGUAGUUCUGAUUUGAAACUCCCUUUCGUGACAUGCUAAUGUAGAUGUAUACAUACAGAAGAACCAGCAAAGAUAACUAAGGGGGUUUGGAAUCGAAAUGUGUGUACUGAGCCCAGAAGAAACCAGUUUAGCUGCUGUGUGGCUCAAUCGUCUUUUCCCAAGGCACCUGUCUCCCUCGGGAGCAUCCUUCAUCAGCCAGGACUCAAGGGGCUAGUAGGUCGGUUACUGCUUCCUGUGGUUGUGUGACACACUGCCUGAGUUGGGGCCAAAUCCAGCCUCUUCUGGGCCUGAUGUACCUUCCACAGUGCUCCACCCUGGAUAGGGUUGGCGCAGCUUGUCGGGGAGCUUCCCUGAUUCAGAAUUGUAACUGCUAUUUUUUUUUUUGUCUAGUAUAAAGUAUCAAUCAAAAUACCAACAAUUGGGGGUCACAUCUUUUUUCUAAUUGCUAAUCUGGACGUGGAAUUUCAGAGACCGGUUUGUAAACGUUUUGAACCCUAGUAUGAGAUCAAAAGGUGGGGUCAUCCACGCUUCGCUUCCGACAGCCAGAUUUCUGCAGUCACUUUGGGAAGUGACUGGCUGAAGCGUCCAUAGAGCAGCUCGUCUUCCUCGCACAGAAACGAUGCGACUUGUUCAGGCACCUCUCGGGUUCCAGCAGUGGGGAGAGCACAGACCCUUCGCCGAUGAAGGGAAACGGGGCGGUCGAAUCCCGUUCUUUGCGGGGGGGGGGGGGAUCGAUUUCCAGUAUAAUCUGCCCACCGGCGGGCGAGGCUGAAAACUGCCGCUUCCUAAAACUCGCGCUGGCCGUUUCCUCACCGUGUCUCCCGGGAGGCGUCUGCCUCGGUUGCGUCCCACUGUAGACACUUGGCGGAAUAGUGUCGACAAAGCGGGGCUCGCCUUCUGCUGGGAAGGGAGGGGCUCCCGUUAGCCAAGAGGGGAAAUUCGUCCAAGCAAGGGCUUGAGGAGCGGGUGUCGUCUGGAAGCGGCAGCGGGACAGAGGCUGCCAAACAGGAGCUGGCCAGUCGCGGCCUUUCCCGCCCGGCCAACGGCCGCUUCUAAAAAAGGCUGAACUCCUCCCUCGCAAUGGGGCCCCGGUUUGCGUUACUCGAGGCCCCCUUGAUUAUCCCGCCUGAAGGGGGACGCCGCUUGCUCCCCCAGAAGCCCCUCCCCCUGCAG